AUCAGGUACUUUGAGAUCUGACCCCGCCCACCGUGUACGUGGAGCAAAGAAAUAACUCAUAUUCUGGUCGUUUUCUCUUCUGACGUUAGUCGUGCAAGGAUUUUGGAGAAUUAAGCACCGACCGGUGGUAUAUUAUUUAAUAAACUAUAUGGGAAAGCUGAUGUUAUCUUUAGAAGUCGAGUUUUCGACAUUCGCUUGACAGCCAAUGAUAGCUCUCCAGCUAACGCGUUAACUAGCUAACCAAUGUCGCUAGCAAGCUAACUAGGUAACCCAUAAAAAAACUGGUACAUUGACCAACUGCAUAAGCUAGAAAUGUAAAUAACUUUUGAAAUGAAAACUAGGUAGCAAGCAUUAUCAUUGUCUUGCAUUUACGAACACCGACGGUGGUUGUGUGUGACAAUUAGCUAGCUAGCUGAUUAACUAAACCAAUGGCUCCAAUGGGAAUCCGUCUAUCGCCACUUGGAGUGGCCGUGUUUUGCUUAUUGGGACUUGGCGUGAUCUACCACCUAUAUGCCGGAGUUAUAUCCAGCCGCAUAGCUGCUUUCACGUCGAAGAGAACAGUGAACCUCCGCGACCUGCUCGCACUGUCAGUGGAGGCUGCUGUCCAGGGCGGUCGGGAGGUGAAGAGGGUCAGAGAAGAGAACACGUUAGAAGAGAAGACCAAGGGGAAAACGAAGGAAGGGGCGAGUGAAAAGCUCACUCAGGGGGACUUAAACUCGCACAGAAAGAUGUAUUAUCUUAUCAAGAAUACUUAUCCAUAUGUACAGGUGAACUCUGAAGAGCAUGAUGAGACCGACAAUGAGCUGGGGGUGUGGAACAGAGACAUCCCCGCUGACAUCCUAAAAAUCGUGGAGGUGGGCAGGGAGGUGCCCGCUGACAGCAUCACCAUCUGGAUAGACCCCCUGGAUGCCACUCAGGAGUAUACAGAGAACCUGCUCAAGUAUGUCACGACCAUGGUGUGCGUGGCCGUCGACGGGAAACCUGUCAUAGGCGUGAUCCACAAACCUUUCACAGGAUACACAGCUUGGGCCUUGGUUGGUCACGGGUCUAACAUGAAGCCUCGCACCACCUACAACAUGAACCCCCCCAAUGUCAUCGUGUCCCGGUCGCACGCCGGGAAGGUGAAGGGUUUCAUCGAGGAGGCCUUCGGCAACACUACAGUUAUUCUCCCAGCAGGGGGUGCAGGCUAUAAGGUGCUGGCUCUGCUGGAUCCCCUUGAUGAGGACAUUGAGAAGGCUGACAUGUACAUCCACGUCACCUUCAUCAAGAAGUGGGACAUCUGCGCCGGCAAUGCUCUGCUCACGGCCCUGGGAGGUCACAUGACCACACUGAAGGGCGAGGAGAUAGACUACUCGGGGGCCGCGGGCAACACAGGGGGUCUGCUGGCCAGCGUCAAGGUGGACCACCAAGACCUGGUGGACAAACUGCCAGCAUGGAACUCUCCUGACAAACACUGAGAAACACACAUAUAUGCACAGGCACAUAGAUAUUUACACACACUCACUCCCAUAUGUGCAUGCACACACACGGAUGAUCAAAGACUAAUGGACAAGAUGACCAUAAGCCUUGAAGACCCAACUAACACAGACGAAAGGACAACACAAUCUGGGACGACAAUAAUGCAAUAUACAAAGCCCGCCAGUCUCCUUCAAACUCCUUUCACCCAUUUUUUAAUAAUCUUUGUAGAAAGAUCGAGAAUUCAGUGGUACUCCAAUGAUUUAAGGACUGAACUAUUAUAGAAAAUGCUAAUAAGUUGGAUAAGGAAAAGCAAUGUGUCCAACUACAGUGUAUUGCUAAGAGAUGAGUGCCUUUGAUUAGCAUGGAACCUUAGUCAAUGCCUAGUGCUGAAACGGACAAAUGUGUAGUAGCGCUCUGUAGUUGUAGUUAUUUUUGAUACCUGUAGGAUAUGAUUGUUGGUGAAGGUACAGGGAUGAAUCAACAGGAUUUUACUUCCUGUAUUUAAUGUAACAUAGAAACCAUUUUCAUUGUAGCAAAAUAACCUUCAUCCUGCGAAAACGAUUAUUCUGAUAGUUGCACUCUCCUACAUAAAUUACAAUAGACAGGUUAACCAUUUGAGGGGAUACAUUGUUUAACUAUAGCUUAAAACCUUACAUGAUAGGGGCGGGGGUUUGGCUGCUGCAAUGUGAAUCGAAUUUGAAGGUCGGAAUUGUAGUUUGAGUGGAUCUUUACUUAAAAAAAAAAAUUCUUUUUUUUUUUUCAAAGUAGUCCACAUGAUACGGUCCCAAAGUGUGUUUUGCAUCAUCAUCAUGAUGAUGUGGCAGGUGACAAUUUGCUUUUUGAAAGUCCUACAUCUUGAAAACUUAACUGCUGACAUGCAAAACAUUUUGGGAAUGUACAGUGGACUAAUGGAAAAAAAUACCAAAAUAUAGUUUGAGUGGAUUUUUCCUUUAAUACAUGGUACUUCCUUCAUAUUCACAUUAAUCUGAUUGUUCUGUAUGCAUGUGAAUGUACAGUUUACUUUUUUUUUAUGAAUAUCGUCUGAGUUCACUGUGUAUCGCAUUCUCCUUCCUCUCCACCUUUGGGAAAAGGCUAAACAGUGUGUUAAAUCCAUAUGUGGCUAAUAUAGUCGCUGCAUUUGUAAAUAGGAAAUCUGUACUCAACUAGAAACCAUGAUUUUGUAGUUAUGUUAAGUGGAAAUACUUAAAUUAUUAGCUAAACAUGCUAAUUUAGCAACAAUAUAUUGGAGAUCUUUGGUAAUGAUUAUUUAGAUUGUCCAUAUACAGUAGGGGUGUUCUGUUGCGAUUCAGAAUAGACCAUUCAUACAUGGAUAUCCCUUCACUAGCACUGUGAAUACUAGCUUUAUUGUCCAUCUGUGCUUUCUCAAAAGGACUAUUUUUGUGCUGUAUGAGCAUAUGUUGUGUGUCUGAACUGGAUGUGAUUGCUAAGCCUGUGCAAAUAGCUGUCAUGUAGCUGUAUCUCUCAAACUCCCCUCUGUUUUAAAUUAAAUGGUGGUGUGCAUGAAGUCAGUGACUGGAUUAUGACUACUUCAUACGUGAUCUAGAUUGUUUAAUUUCUGUUUGAUGUGUGGUGUUACUAAUACUACUACAUGCACUCAUGGUUAUGUUGCAUUGUUGAGAAUUACAGGUUCAAAGCUGUAAUUUAACCCUUUUCUAUAAGCACUGGUCAUGUUUUGAAAAGAGAAUGUAUCUUCGAAGGGAUUAUAGCAAAAUAAAGAUGCAGAAUGCUCAAACCAU